AUGCCCAUCUCCUUUGUCCUCGCUGUUGCUGCUGCUUUGAUGGCAGUGUCAACAUUUGCUAUGUCUUCUGUUGCUGAUACAUCCAUAUUUGCGUCAGGCCAAUACUCAGAAAUGGCCUGCUAUCAUCCUUACACUGGUCGAUUACUGGAACUUUACAGUCUGCAGAUGGACCGGUUAACCGCAUCAUCGACGUUCGAAGCGCAAAUCCAAUCAAGGUCUAAGUAUGUUAAGCGACUAAGUAAUAGCAAUGGGGCAAUCCCAUCAAAGCCAAGUGCGAAGGCUAAGUGUGAAGAUAGGAUUACGAAUCGACUCCAGGAGGGUGCACAAGAAUGGAAUAAAGCGCUCUUGGACAUCAUGCCAGGACAAAUCAAGUAG